AUGGCGGAUGCUGAACAGAAUUUCUGCGAUUUUUCGCAAAAUUCUGCCUUUAAAUGCGGUUCCCAUCCCGCAUACAGAGAUGAAAAAGACUAUAUUAGAUUACGGAAAUGCAACAAAGAGAUAAAACGGCAUUUGAAUAGUGUGCAAGUGUCACAGACUGCACUAAAAACUGAGAUGGAACUUAUUGCCUACAGAUGUGGAUAUUUUGAUGUGGAAUCUCCUGUGCUACAGAAUAAAAUUAUCUGUUCUAUGCACAGAUAUAAACUCGGUCUUAAAUGGAACAGACCUAGAGGGUGUUGUCACCCUCUCCAUGGCCGAUCACAGGGUCGUGCUUAUCGUGGUAUUGGUCCGGAGAUGAGUAAAGACAUUAUGAUGAAGUGGAAUACUUUUGUAGCAAUAGGAUCAGGUAAGAAAUAAGUAAUGAGUGCUGUGAUAGUAAAAUAAAUAUUGACUGAAAUUAUGUUUAUUUUAAUGUUUUUUUAAAAGUUUACACUGUACAUCCAUACAAUAUGCACCCCUUGACCUAUUAGCUAUCAAUGAAAAUAACAGCUUACAUAAUCUGGGGAUGUUAAAAUAAAUUUUACAGUAGAGAGGCUUGACUGUUGAUGUCAUAUCUGCAAUUACUACACUUAACAACAAUUAUGACAAAAAUUUUAUGACACAGUUAAAAAUAGGUCAUUCAUAAAAUCAAUUCUCAUGGGUGAUGCUUAUGUUAUUGUACCAUAUUCAUUUCCACUCUUUUUUUUCCUCACAGGUAUUUGCAGAGGUUGUGAGAGUACCCACCGGGCAGAAAUGAAGAAGAUGACUGCUCUAACUCCAUCCCAUACUUCCACAAUGUCAUCCUCAAGCACGACCAUGUCUGAGGUAAGAAAUUUGUGUGAUCAUGCCCAUGAAUCUGGAUAUCAAAUGUUCUAUCAUUAUAUCAUAAUAUGAAGGAAGUUUAACCUUGGAAACCAAACCCGGUACCUACAUUGGGUUUUAUUUUUUUACUAUGUUGAAUGGCAUGAUGAACCAUCUGCUUUCCAGUCACAUGCCACUGACCAGUGCAAGAGGCAUAAAAUUCAACAUCAGUAAAAUUUGAUGGAGACUAUUCUACAUCUAAUGAAUUUGUGAAUACACACUUCCGACUCAAUCCAGAACAGGCCCAUUUCAUGUCUAUGCACAUGUGCAGCACGACAUCCAUGCCUUAAACCUAAUCUCAAGCCCUUAUUUUUUUGCUGGGAGAGAUGAAAAGAUACAGUACUGAACAAAAUGAUAUGCUCUGUUUUUUCACAGGCUGAACAACCAAGCAUAAGAAAACGGACUGUAGCAUUGCCUGCCGCUAGUGCGUCUACAUCUCCUCCUGAGAGUGGGUCUGAUAAACCGCCCGAAAAUGAUCCAAGUGUGAUUACGACGGGAAUGGAAGAUAGUGACACUGAUACUACCAGAGGUAAGGAUUCAUAGCUACAGUACCUAACGUGAGGAACAAAAAAAUCAAAAAUCGUCACGAUGCAUUGCCUUGUUUGGACCAAAAAUUUGAUUUAAUAGGAGUUUUAUACUACCUUGAACUAGUAUAGUUAUCAAGAAGAGCUAACCAGACCCCUACACAAUAUAUAAUAAUUUGAUUUUAGUAGAAAAACCCUGCCCAGAAAUACUGAUUUGUUAUUAAUUUCUCUCCUUUCAGAGUUCUGACUGUGGUAGAUCCACCCCCGAAGCAGGGUUUGAUGAAUCGUACGUACCUACUCCUGCCGCCCCGAGGAACAUUCCUCUACAAGCCCUGAAUACUUUCCUUGACAGUGGAAAUGUCGCUCCAAUCAAGGGUCAGCUAAUGACAUCACCCAGGCAGUGUCACCAAGCUACACGACGUUAUUAUAAGAGAAAAACCAAAGAAACUUUUGAUUUGGUGCUUCAUACCAUUGCACCGGGGCACGAGAGCGAGUUGAUGGAGCUCUAAAUUCAACAAGCUGAUGAGACCAGUGAUUCGGACUCUGACUUGGAAAAGAAACUGGUGAAUUGCUACGAAAAUGCUGAAUCCUCCAACACACAGCUCCAAAUUCUAUCCAUAUUGUGUAGAGGACGCACAAAACAGCAGCUACAGGUAAUUCUGUGUUUCAGAUAUUAGCGAGAUAUUCAGCACUGCAGCAUAAAAGUGAUUUUUGUGUAACGUUUGUCAAUCUUUGUCAUUGAGACCUGGUGCUAUAUUGUUGGUUUCAUCACUUUUUUCAGGCUCUUAUCCCUGGGCUAACUGUAUACAGAAUUGACAAAGCCAGAAAACAUGAAGUGACUAUCGGGGCUGCAUUACCACCAGAAAUUGUAGAAAUACGGAGGAAUCGCAUGGAAGAAGAAAAAAUAGAUCACUUUCUGGACUUUGUAUCUAGACCAGAGUUUAUUCAGGAUGUAGCUUAUGGGACCAGAAAUAUCAAAUUAAGCUACGGUGAAAAACUGGAAAUUCCCAAUGUUAUCCGUACUGUUGUAGUGUCUAGGAUCAUUGAACUCUACAUAGCCUACUGUGAUGAAACCGGCUUUAAACCACUUGGUAGAUCCUCGUUAUACUCAAUUAUCCAG